GAGUAGUACAGUGCUGGGCAGCCAUACUUAUGGGCAUGAUCUCAGGAAGUGUUCCUUGGUACACAAUGAUGGUUCUCCACAAUAAACUCAACCUAUUAAGGCAUGUCGACGACACCUUCGCCGUCUUCCACACCCACGCCCUCGCCGGAAGUCUAGGCGGCAUUCUCACCGGCUUUUUCGCCGUGCCCAAACUCAGCCGUCUCUUUUACCUCGUACCCGACUGGGAAAGAUACAUCGGCCUAGCCUAUGGCCUCCAAACCGGCCAAACUUCAGCCGGACUCCGACAAAUGGGCGUUCAACUUCUGGGAAUUGUUUUCAUAACAUGCCUUAAUGUUGUCACGACGAGUGCGAUUUGUUUGUUGAUUAAGUUGAUGGUUCCGCUUAGACUGAGCGAGGAAGAGUUGGAGAUUGGUGACAAUGCAGUUCAUGGAGAGGAAGCAUAUGCCUUGUGGGGUGAUGGGGAAAGAUUUGAGAAUGCCAGGAAUAAUUCAGUUUAUGAUGUUGAUGAGUUCACAUCGGUUAUGUCAAAGACUGCAAGUGAAUUGCAAAUGGUAUGA